UUGUGUAAUCUUUAUUACUCAUAUUAUGAACAAUCCCCCUUUUUUUGCAAUAUAGAUAAUGAUUUUAGGGUUAGCCCCAAUUUAAGCACGGUGAAAUCAGUGAAAAAUAGAGAACAUGGAGCAAAAUGUGGCCCGUAAAAUAUCUUAAUUCACUCAAUAUUGAAAUGCUUUUUGAAAUGUUAUGUUGGCUGUAUUUUAGAUUGGCUCUUUCAAUGUCCAUAACAUCGAUAUGAAUUUGCACUUGAUUCCCAAGCAGCAUCGUUUUAGUUUAUUUUGAUUUAAUGAUACUUCAUUGACCCUUAAUUGGAUGAGCAGAACAGAAUGAAUAGAUGGAUGGAUAUUUUAUUGUCUUAUAAUUUUAUACAUCUUACAUAAUGGUUCACAUUAGGUCUACUGACAGGAUAUCUACAUAAAAAUGGCUUCAUGGGGAUUGCUGUUCCUCUGUUCAACCUCAGUACAAAUUGUGUUUUUGGUAUUAAGCAUACAUGUGAAACUACAAUUCUGUCAGUAUGGUUAGAUUGUGCACAUGGUAGUGCACAGAAAUGUGAUAAUCAAACUUUUGAUUAUUUGAUCAAAGGUAGAAUAUUCAACUUACUUAAAGAAAGCACAUCUUUACAAUAGCGACACUGCAGAUCCAAGAGUUGUAGUUACUUUUAAAUCUAAUGAUGGGCUCAAAUCUCAUUGCCAUCUAUAGGAUUAUGACCACUGACCCCUUGGCUGAUUUAAGGAGAGCCAUGGGAACAGGAGGCAAAUCCUUUCAAGGGGUCAUGUGGGAGAAAUUCAAAAUGAUUGAAGGUCGGUAAAAUCUAUUAUAUGACGCUGAUUGAAAACAUUUCAUUGAACCUCUUGGCAGGGGGCCUUAUAUCUGCUGUAUGUGAAGGCAUGGGGCAAAAAGGACUUUAAAAUGGUGGAAGCAGAAAACUCAAAGGGUCAAAGGAGUAAGCAGGUAUGAAGCCCAGAAGAUUUUUAUUUAAUCUACAGACCAUGCUCCUGGUAAAGGCUGGACGACAGCAUCACACAAAGGAAAAUCUAUCACUCGCUCUCAGGGAUUUGAUUCUCACAGUUAUGGAGGUUCAAGAAGGUCCAACUGAUGUCAGCUAUCAGAGCAGCAGGUUUUGGUGCAGGAUGUCACAGUCACUGACAUUUUCCCCGAGCAGCAAAUCUCAUCAUCAAACAUCACCCCCUCAGACCAAAGAAGGCAGCUGCUUCACCCAGGAAAAGAGCAACACCUUGAGCCUGAGAACUGCAGCAGUGAGCAGGAGGCACAGCGCUGAUGGAAUGAUCAGUUCACGGUCAGGGCGAGGGGACCUGGACGCUGACCGUUUCCACCCGUAUCAGCGACAGUUCAGUGACGGAGCAGUGACAGAGUGCCUACAACAGUGCUCUUCUUCCUUUAGCAGUCUGCAUGAGGUGUGCAGUCCUGGCAGUCAUUCGCACAGCAGCGAUAUGCCACCAUCCUGGGACCAGUACAAUGGCAGCAUUCAGAACUCAUAUCCAGAGCUACCAGGCAUACCUGUGGAUCCUCCCUGUUUUCUAUCUCAGAGCUAUCCAUCCUACAGCUCAGCAAGUCCUCAACAACAGGUCUCUUCUAGACUGUAUCCUAACAAGGACCAGUCCAGCACCUCAAAAUAUAGUCUCUCCAGCCAGUCACACCAGGACGACACCACACAGUCCAUCUUUCCUAAGCCCAUUUACUCAUACAGCAUUUUGAUUUUCAUGGCUCUGAAGAACAGCAAAACAGGAAGUCUCCCAGUCAGCGAGAUCUACAGCUUCAUGACUGAACACUUCCCAUAUUUCAAGACGGCUCCUGAUGGAUGGAAGAACUCUGUGCGGCACAAUCUGUCCCUGAAUAAGUGCUUUGAGAAGGUGGAGAACAAGAAUGGCAGCACGUCUCGUAAAGGCUGCCUGUGGGCGCUCAAUCCAGCCAAGGUGGAGAAAAUGCAGGAGGAGCUGCACAAGUGGCGCCGGAAAGACCCCGUUACUAUUCGCAGGAGCAUGGCAAAGCCAGAAGAUCUUGAUCGACUACUGGGAGAAAGACCGGAAAGACUCAGGUCUGUGCCACCGAACCCCAAAUCAGGCACAUUAACCAGAGCGACCCCCGUCUACAACCCCUCCGCUUUUACUUGUACUCCAGCUGAGCUUCGCCCAGCAUGCCAGCCCAUUUGCCAGUCACACUAUGCUCACCUUCAGCCUCAGCAGCCCUUCUACCUCCCCCCUGCUGUCACACACCCCAGCAACUCAUUCGCCCUCUUCUCACCCUGUGGACAGCAGCCUGCAGCCGGUAUCCCAUCAUCCACUGGAAGCCUCAACUCACCGGUAGCUGGGAAGAUACCACCUGUUUAUAACAAUGCUCUCCAGUGUGAUUACAGUGUUGAGCCCAGGACCACCAUGCAGGAGUUUCUGCUGGAGGGAGACACCACUUAUGACAUUGACAUGCUCAACCCCAGUCUGACUGACCUUCAGCUGCAAGGUAACCUGUGGGAGGAGCUGAGAGUCGACAGUCUGGUGGCAGAACCACAAGUUAGCACAAGCUCGUCCGCUACCUUUGUCCCUCAGAACCACCACAUCCAGAGCAGCGGCCUGCACGUCGUGCCUCCCAUCAGUCAGACAUCAGCUGUGGUUGCCAGCGGUCGUUAUGAAGCGGAGUACGAGGACGGGGACGAAGGGCGAAAUGUGGAGCAGCAUGGCUGUUUUAACGGACUAAAUCCCGUAUUAUAUUCAGGAGUGGAAAGCUUGGCUGGGUAUCUGACCUCCUGCACUGCAUCCGUCUCUUUAAUGUAAACCUUCGCUCUAUGGAUUUGAUGUACCAUGUGAGUCUGAACGAGGAAUAUAGUUUCAAGCAGUUUCACACUACAGUGUAUGAUUGGUGGUAAUUUAAGCCCCGUGGCGUGUCCAGCGGGGUGGCCUUGGGGGGCCCCCCCAAACCAGACUGGCCACCCCGAAGCUAAAACAAUAAAAUUCAAUGAAAUAUCAAAUGUAUGAUUAUGUUUCAUAGUGAAGCUCAGAUAUCCGAGUGUAAGUGAAUGCAGCAUCGGCUUCUGCACUAUGAGCAUCCUGUUAGCAAAGGUAGGAGAGCCAAUCACGAAAGACGGCACCACAGAAAACAAUUUUUCUGCGAAAGAUUAGCAGGUUAACAUAGCUGGACUGGCCAUCGGGCAUACCGGGCAUUUGUCCGGUUGGCUGAUGACUUAUUUAUUUAUUUAUUUUGUAACGGCAUGAACAAUG